AUGGCGUCGCCGUCUGGGACUCCGAAGGCGCCAUCGCCGCCACCGCCGGGACACACGCCCAGCAAGAUGGAGAGAAGAAUGUCCCAUUUUAAGGAGUACAAAUUCUUCAGAUCGUUCAGUGCGAAAGUUGAGAACUGGCCGAUGAGAAAAGCCGAGCAGCUCUGGAGGAAAAUGCGAGAACGAAAAAUUGCAGAGAUCGAAGCGGCGGAGGCAUGCAAAUGGUUAAGAGCCGCCGGCUUCCCUCAAUAUGCGCAGAUGUACGAGGAUCUGCAGUUCCCUAUCGACGUGUCGGGCGUACAGAACGACCACCCCUUCCUCGACGCGGACUCGCUGCAGUCGCUGUUCAGACGGCUGACUGCUCUCAACAGAUGCGCCACCAUGAAGUUGGAACACCAUCAUCAAAAGAGAUCGAACGACUCAGAUGAUGAGCAAUGUGCGUUGAGCGACAAAUGGCAAUACGAGCGCAAAUCACGGCGAUGGUCGCGGGUAGUCGAGAUCACGCCGCAAGCGCAACGUAGAUUACAGGUACUCAAUAUCUAUAUGUCACAUUUAAAUUGUAG